AGUCCAAAAACCAAUGGUGGGAACUUGCAUUAGAAGCCAGUGCAAUAAAUAAGGUUAUGAGAGAUCAUGUUCAGAGAGAGAGAUCAGUGCAGCAGUAGAAUUAAGGAAUACAGAUACCAAGAGAGAUGGAGGCAAACUUCAAAAAGAAAUCUGGAAACUACCCUUCCCCAGUCCUCAAUUCAUAUAUGUAGACAAAACCCUUGAUGGGUUUUGAUUCUUGAGGCAGUUGCACCACCAACCGACUGUAAGUAAUAUUUCAUAUUAUAAUCAUCCAUAACAGAAGAAAAUGAAUAAAAAAAUCAGAAUCCAAAGCACCCCACAACUUUAAAAUCUCUGCUCCCUCACCCCAUUUGGGAUUCACACACCCACACCCACAGAGCCAGAAGACAGAAAUAUUUUUUUCUUUUUAGUUUAGUUUACUUGGUGAUCAGAAGCCCUACUUCAUGGAUUCAAAGAAGUCUAACAAGAUCAGUGAGAUUGUUAGGCUUCAGCAGAUCCUCAAGAAGUGGAAAAAGCUUGCAAAUGCACCAAAAAACAGCAACAAAAAUGGCAGCCACAGCUCUACUUCCUCCUCCUCCAACAAUGGCAGCAAGAGCAUCAAGUUCCUCAAGAAGACUCUCUCCUUCACAGACACUACUUCAAUGCUUUCUACCGAGGUCGUCCCAAAAGGGUUUCUGGCAGUGUGCGUGGGGAAGGAGCUGAAGAGGUUCAUCAUCCCAACCGAGUACCUGGGUCACCAGGCAUUUGGGGUUCUGCUGAGGGAAGCCGAAGAAGAAUUCGGGUUUCAGCAGGAGGGUGUGCUCAAGAUCCCAUGUGAAGUGGCUGUGUUUGAGAGGAUCUUGAAGGUGGUGGAAGAGAAGAGAGACGUGUUCUUCCUGCAUGAGUUUGGAUUGAAUGCAGAGAAGGAGAUGAUUGGUUGUUGCUCAUCCUCAGAUUGUGAGCUCACACCUUCUCACCAUCCUCAAAUGUGUAGGUGAUCAGAAGAUGAGAAGAUCAUAUCAGAUCAGAUUUCACAUAUAAUAUUUUCAUAUAUAUAUCUUUUUUUUUUCCUUUCUCUUUUGCUUGAUUUUGUGAAGGCAG